AUGAUUCUGAUAUUCUUAUCAUUAUUUUUCUUAUGCUUUGGGGGCGUAAUCUAUCCUAAAACUCCUCGUCCCAUAAUCGCCUCUCGCAAUAACAUGAACGCAGCUUCUGAUUAUACGUUUUAUUUUCAAAUUUCCAGCUAUGCUCCAAGCAGCUCAAUUUUGACGAUUACUUUUCCUUAUCCUUAUCCCUCAGGCUUAGGAAUUACUACCUGCUCAGCUCUAAACUGAAACCAAGCAUCUAUUUCUUGCUCAGUCAGUGGAAAAUCAGCAAUUUUAAACGUCGGAGAACUGAGCAACGCAAAUGCGAAUAACACUUAUUCUGUUACAAUUUAUGGGGUAAAAAAUCCAAGCAUGAUGGGAGGAACUGGGAUGUUUUCUCUGCAAACCAGCACUGGGAUUAAUAUUAUUGACUACUGUGACUGAUUUGGGGAGCUUGGAAUUACAUCUAAUAUAAAAACAAUCAGUUCAGCUUCAGUGUCCUGCACUACUAAUUGUAAAGCAGGACAGUCAGGGACUUAUGAUAUUUCUUUUACAAAUGCAGAAGUCUACGAAGUUGGAGCAAGACUUUACAUUUUGUUCCCAACAAGUUUAACGCUAUCAUCGACUCCAUCAUGUACGUCGACUCAAAUAACAGGAAUUACAUGUAAAUCAGCAAAUAAUUUAGUGACCAUUUCCGCUUUAACUUCAGCUUUAAAUAAAGGGGCGAACACUAUUACAUUUACUAGUGUAGGAAAUCCAGCUGUCAGUGGAAAUGUAGGGACUUUUGAUAUUUAUAGCUUUCAGCCUGUUGUAAAUACGAUGUAUGACGCUGUAUAUGGAGUAACUGGGCCAACAUUGACAAGCAAUUUUAUUACUUCUAUAACAGCCUGCCCGACAACUGGUGGAAGCUGCACAGGAAGCUACCCAAAUGUAGGGCUCGGGUAUACCCAAUAUUACUAUAUUAAUUUUGUAACAACAAAUCCUAUUCCUUACGGUGGAGCGAUUCUGCUUACUUUUGUGUCAGGAUUCACAUUGAGGACUGACUCUUGCAAUAUUUAUUAUGGGCUUUCUAACCAAGGCUACACUGAGGAUGACCAAAUUUUGUGUAAUGUCGACACUGCAGCUGGAACCUUAACAAUAACGAAAUUCGCUAUGUUUUUAGGAGGGACAAUAAGCUUAAAAGUCAUUGCUACAAAUCCUACAACUUCAGGGACAUAUUCAUCUUUUUCUGUUUCCACUUAUUAUGAUACUGGGAUGACUCAAUUAAUUGACACUGGAACUAUGGGCUCUAUAGUAGUAGCAAAUUUCCCACAGCCGAAUAAAUGGGACAUUACAUGAAGUGGUGCAUUAACUGUAGGCAAUGGGGUGACAGCAUCUAUCAUUUUUCAGCCAAAAACAUCGUCACUUUCAGCUCCUUCAGUUUCUUUUCAGUUCAAUUUCCCCACUGGGUUUUCCUUCAAUGGAACUCCAUCUGGGUUAUGGCUUCCAAACAACGUGUUUCCUGACUAUUCAGCAACUGUAACAGCUUCAGGGAGUCCUUUAGUCAUUACUUUUGCUACAGCUGGCACUGACAGCAUUCCUACUAAUAAAGAUAACAGACUCCAAAUUUUAAGCUCUGGGACUGGAAUUGUGCUGCCUUCUAUGCCUGGGCAUUAUUUUAUUGAAAUGAUAACUCUUAAUGGUGGAAGCCAAAUAGAGGGAUUUUUGUAUGAAAUGAUUGUAUUGCCUGCAUCUAUGAGUGGUAGUGCAAUGACUUAUAGUAUUGAUACUGACGUUAUGAGCUUAUAUGAAAUUAAAUUUACACCUCUAAUUGACAUCCCGUCUGGAUCUGUCCCUGAUUUGCCUCAGCAAAGCUGGGGAACUAUAGAUGUCCAGUUUCCAACCAUGAAUUCUAAUUGGCAAAAUUUAUGGCCAAUUGAUCUAGGGACUGGUGGAAGUGAUGGGACAUUGAUAGCUUGUAAAGGAAUUUCAAACAUUGAGCCGUUUUAUGGAAGCAGGAUCACUUGCAAACUUUUAACGGCAGCUUCUGUAAGCACUUCUACAUAUGUUACAGUCAGAAUUACAAAUUUCAAAAUAAUUUAUGCAUAUGUGCCUGUCACAGUCCAUAUAUCAAAUAUAAUUAAUCCAGCAACUGCUGAUAUUUAUCCCUAUUUAACGGUUGUGAGCUAUUCUAUUACUCAGAGAGUUUACCAAACUUUAAAUUCAGCUACUUAUACACAUCCCUUGACAAGCUAUAGUGAUAAUAACCCAUCGUUGCCAAUAGUAAACGGGAGGUCGCAAGAUCCAUAUGGAGACGGAACUGCAUUGAUUUCAUUUGCGCCUAAUACUGUCAAUAUGGACACAAUAAUGUCGUUUAUCCUAUGAACAGAAGGAGACAUUCAAACUGGUGGGACCUUAUUGAUAAAGUUCCCAAGCACUUAUCCAUUACCUGACUCUGCAAUUAGCUGUUAUAUAAAUUAUAAAACAGCCCAUACUUGUUAUACAUAUCCAGUUUCUGGCUGAAUUUCUAUAUUAAACACACAGUUUACCAUUUAUAAUCAUGUGGAAUAUACAGUGACAGUUCAUGGGCUAACAAAUCCAGUAGAAGUUGUAGACCCAGCUAUGCCUUCAAUGGUAGUUAUCACAGGAUAUGUUGAAGAAGAGUAUGUGUAUUUUCAUGAUUUUAAUUAUUUUGACCCAGGAGCUAUUGAUCCUGUUCAUGUAUUUCCAAGCUCUUAUAAUGCUUUAGCUACAGAUAUAACAUAUACAUGACUGUUUACAUGUGCAGAUGAUAUUCCUGCUGGAGGUAAAAUUGUGUUGACUUUCCCUAAGACAAAUUAUGUUUUAAACACCUAUCCGACCCCUACCUGCUUAUUCUCAGGGCUUGAUGACGAAAGUUCAACAUCUGCAGUCACUUGUACAGUUAUUGGAAAUACAAUAGAAGUAACAAAUUUUGCUACCUAUACAGCCGGCAACGAAAUACAGAUCUUAGUAUUUAAUGUGCUGAAUCCAGCGACUACUGGGUAUACUGAUUAUUUCCAAGUCGCCACAUAUUCUACUUCCGAUCUCUUAAUGGACGCAGAAUAUUAUAUCCCUAAAAUUUUGAUUACUGCACAAGCAUCAGUCGGGCUGCUUACUUUUAUAGAUUUUUAUGCCAAUCCUAAUAAUGGUGGGGCGUUAGGGGAUUAUACAGUUUCUAUUCUUCCCUCUGUGACUGUCCCUAAUGGGUCUUAUAUAAUCAUCACUUUUCCUUCAACAGAGUUUUCUAACAUGGCAACUAGUCAAACCUGCACAUUAUCUGGAGGGUUAACAACUUUAUCAACCUGCUACAGUGAUGGGAAUAAUAUUGUCACUGUAAUAACAGACGACGACUAUGUAAAAAAUGCUCUUUCAGCACCUAUAAAUAUAACUGUUCAUGAUAUUACGAAUUUUGCAGCAGGGCUAACUAGUGGUGUGGUUGAUGUUGAAAUUUAUUCAUCAGGAGUCUUAAUUAAUACCAGCCCUGAAAAUGAAUCAAAUAGGAAAGUAACGACAGGGCAGGCGCCAGGGAAAAUUUACUUAAAAGGGAUAACUUCUUCUCCUGAUAACCCUGAUGAGCUUGCUAUUUUUAAUUUAACGUUUUCUCCUGCCACCAGCUUCAAUUCUUCAUGCUAUAUUAUCGUUGAUUUUCCUAGUGUUUUUGCAAGAGACCUCAGUGAAAAAAUGGUUUGCUCGUCUCCUGAGCUAAGCAAUUCUACAGGUACAGGGAUUAUUUGUGCAGCUAGUGGCUACCAGAUGAAAGUUUAUAAUACAAAAGGCUUUGAUGUCAAGAAAUUAGAAACUUUUACUAUUAGCCUAAACCAUUUAAGAAACCCCAAACAAGGAAGUGGACAGUAUAAUUUUAUUUUUUAUACAGCCUGUGGCUAUGAAAUGCAGGAUUAUGGGACUUAUUCUUACACUAGAGCUUAUCAGUCAACCCCAGCUAAUAUGUAUUUAAGCACUGCGACUACAACUGGGACAAGCAUUUUAUAUGCUUCUGAACAAGUUUAUUUGGUUUCUACAAUAGCUUCUUAUUUCCAGAGCACAAGUAAUGAUUUGGUCUUUAUUGAUUUUCCUCUUGGAUAUGAUGAAGAUUUUGUAGGGGAUUCUAUAGUCUGUAAAUCUGACGUUGAGUCCUCACAAAAUACCGUCCCAUGCACUUAUGAAUCUAAUCGUGUAAAAGUUUCUGCUUUUUCUGAUAGUGUAAAUACACUUUAUUUUACUGAAUAUGGGGUUUCUGUUAUUGGAAUAGAAAACCCAGACUCUAUUGGCCAAGCACGAUUUUUAAAAAUGAGUUUAUAUAUGAGCUCACAAGACCUUAUAUUUGCAAAGACUUUUGACAAUCUAAAUAGAGCAGACCCAUUUUAUUAUAACCAGCAAGGCAUUUUGGUGACUAUGAACAGUGGAAGUGGGUUUUCAUUAAAUGCUGGGACAAGGACAUGGGCGAUGAAUGCUAAUAUAGACACUGGGUCUCCACAAAGUGUCUCCAUAACCCCAACCUUAACAUCGUCUACUUGCUAUGUGGUACCUUCAAAUAUAACAUUUUCAGCAGGAGAUUUUAUUAAGACUUUCCAAGUAUCAUGUGACAUUAGCUCUGUAUUAGGCUAUUUUUAUAUAGAAUGAAACUAUGAUGGGACUUGGCCAAGAAACUAUUGGUCACCAAUCCCGAGAACUAAAUUCCAAGUAACUGAUAAUAGAGAUGAAACAAUUACAAUUGGCAGUAUAGGAGUUGUACCUCAAGGAGGGGAAAGCUUCCCAAUUCCUAUAGCACUAUCACACCCUGUUGACAAACAAAUGGUAUCGUUAUUUGCCUAUUUUUGAACUUUACCACUUAAGUGUGGAAAUUUUUUUCCGUGUGUGAAAAGAGGAUUCCACAUAUAGCCCUUUUGAUUUCACAUGUGGAAUCCUCUUUUCACACGCGGAAAAAAAUCCACACUUAGGUGGUAAAGUUCAAAAAUAGGCAAAUAGCGAUAGUUGCACUAGGAAAAAUUGGGAUUAUGCCAACUGGAUCAAGUAUUUCUCCGAAUUAUUUUAUUUUUGAAGGAGGAGAUUAUGAGAAGACUUUUGUGGUGGGAAUUGAUAAAACGUCAUAUGGGCUGACAGGACAGAUUUUGGUGGAAAAGUCAGGGGUGGAUGAAGUUCAAUACAGCUUGACUGCAAGUGGGCUUACUUAUGCUGUAGGGUCUGAAGAGACUACGCCACCUAUUAUAGCUGAUUAUCAAAUGACAUCUGUAAGCAAAACUACUGCUGGACUUACUAUUACUGUGGAUACUGCCAGCAAUGUAUAUUGGAUGCUGUCAAGAUAUGGGACUCGAGAUCCAACUGCGAGUGAAGCUAAAGCAGGUGCUCUGCCUUUCCCUACGUGAAAUACAAAAAUUUUUAAAAAAAAGAUAUUUUGAUAUUUAAGUGAUAAUUAUUAUAAUAAAAUCUCUAGCCAAUUCUAUUGAAAUUUAAACUGCAUGUAUUUUACAAAUUAAAUUAAUUUUUACUUCCAAUUUUUGCAAUUUUUGAAAAUCAAAUUACUAUAAAAUUUAUAUAUUAUGCAUUGCCUAAAUUACUUAUCUAGGCUUACAUUUUCACACAUGAAAAUAUAGAGAAUUGACAAUGUUAAAUUUUCUCCAACACUUGAAUAAAAUUUCCAUAUGUGAAUUCUCUAUAUUUUAACAUGUCAGCCUAGAUAAGCAAUUUAGGCAAUUGAUUAAUAAAUUAAAAAAAAAAUUAACCUCUUAGGUAAGCGAAACAAAAUUUUUUGUUUGAUUUACUGAGAUGAAGAGUAAGCAAUGCAGGAGAUUUGCAUGAUACUCCUGUAUUUGGACAUAUCUACGAAUAUACCACUGUUGCUACAAACAGGCUGCUAUACAAUAUAACAGUAUCAGGUCUUAAAGCUCAAACAAACUAUACCAUGCAUUUCGUAGUCAUAAACCUUGGUGGAGUUGCUGCUACAAAAGUCCCAAACAUCGUUUUCACAACGACUGAAAGAUACAGAAUUGCUACUUUUCCUAUAAAGUUCAACCAAACUGUUACCCAAACCACAAUAGAUUUUUGCUUAACUGUGAUUGCUUUACAAUUAAGAAUUGAUUCGAGCAGACUUGGAAUAAGAGCAGAUUAUUCAGGCAGCACUGGAACCCCAGCAUCUGAUAAUAACUAUACAAGUGGGAACUAUACGACCUCAUCAGGGAUUUCUACAAGGCUCCUUGCAGAUCCUGUGACAAGCCUCGAUGUUUUGAUAUACCCAGACCCUUAUAGUACCAGCACAACUUCUCCUCUGGAUUAUGCAAAUAUGGUGCAGGACAAAAAAUCAUCGAUCCAGGCCAGUAUUCAAGAGUUCGACACUAGCCUUUUUAUAUCUGGGAAAGAAAUUUAUGGAAUAAAGCCUGUUUUUAUGACAAAUCCGAAGUUCGGGUCAGCUGUGUCAGGAGUCUUGAAGGUUUUAGAUAUUUCUUUAUAUGAAAAAGGGAUUGUGUUUGUAUGUGUGACUGACUCCCCCCCCCCUUUAAAUUGGAACAAAAUAUAGGUAAAAUUUCCACUUUUUUGGUAAAUUAACCCCCCUUUAAAUUGGAACAAAAUUUAAUUUUAUAAUAAAAAAUUAUAUAUAAUUUUUAUCUAAAAAGUUUUGAUAUAAGUUCAAUGUUUCUUCUUAACUAAAAUUAAAAAUUUAUUUAUAUCUUGCUCUUUUUUAAAGAAAAAAGUAUAAAGAGCAUCUUAUUUAUAUAAAUUUAUUAUCCUUAAUUGUUAAAUUUUAAAAAAAAAUUAAUUUUUUUUUUUUUUAAAAAAUUUUCAAAAAAACAUUUUUGUUUUUUUUUGAUAAAAUGAUAUUUUUUAUUUGGAUAGUUUUGAUAUAAAUUCAAUCGGAAUUCUUUAUAAAAUUUCAAAAUUUACUUAUUUCUUGCUUUAUUUUAAAGAAUAGAGUAUAAAUAACAUCUUAUUUAAACAAAAUUAGCACUUUGAUCGAUAAAUUUUCCAAAAUUUUUUUUUUUUAUUUUUUUUAUCAAUAAAAAUAAAAAUUUUUGUGUAAAUAAUUUUGAUACCAAUUAAUAGUGGCGUAUUAACUAAUAAUGAAAAUUUAGUUAUAUCUUGCUUUUUUUUGAAGGAUAAAGAGUAAAUAGCAUUUUAUUAAACAAAUUUAUUGAUCUAAUUCGAUAAGUUUUUGAAAUUUUUUUUUUUAAAUUUUUAUAUUUUUUACAAAAAAUUUUAUAUUGAUAUUUUUUUUUAAAAAACAAAUUAACCCGGGGGAGUGAGUAUAAUUCAAGCGAAACUAUACCUGAUCCAAUUCCAUGGCAAGUUGUGAAUGGACUAAAUUCGACGAAUUAUCCAUGCGAAUUUGCUGCGAAUUUAACUGUUGAAGAUGUCCCUGAACAGGUAAGCUUUAGUGGGCUGCAGAAAGAUAAGACUUACAAAAUUUAUUUGUCGGGGCAAAAUACUGUGCAGGAGUAUCCAGACUUGAUGGAUGUAGUCAAAAUUAUUCCGUUUACUACAAAUGGGAUGUCUACUCAAACAACAUCAUCAGGAUUUUUGAUUGGUAUUGAAGUUGCUGGGCUUAUCUUAUUAAUAAAUUAA